UGCAUGUCAGCAUUGCAUUGCUCAGCUUCCCCUCCACCAGCCAACACCUGCAGUGAUCCGUAAGCCUCUAAUUAAUCAUGGCCAGCGCGUCGUGCCUUACAAAGGCGAGCCUGCAGCCGGCUACCUGCGCUGGCGGACUCAGAAGCCAGUCCGCGGAGUGCGCGUCGUUGCGCAAGAGCGUCGCGCUGCAGCCAUGCGCGGUGCGGAGGGGAGUGAGCAUGCGCGCGCACAAAGACGCGGAGAGGGUUGGCACGGCGGCUGCCGCGGCUCUCACGGCGCAGCUGGCGGCCGCGAAUGCCGCGCUGGCCGUCGACGCGGACCAAGUCCGGGACACACUUGCUCAGGUGGAGACCCUGGCGAGGCAGACUGCUGACCUGGCAACCAAGGUGUACAGCACGAGCAUCGACGUGGCAGAGCAGGUGGUCCGCGUCACCAAGCCUCUGGUGGAAGCCGCGGCGCCGGUGGUGAUCGACGCGACGCAGGAGGCGAUAAAGGCGGCGGGGCCGGUGGCGUCGGAGCUGGCGGAGAAGGCGAGCAAGGCGCUGCAGGACUCGGGCGUCGACGUGGCGCCCGUGGUGGAAGCCGCCAAGACGGCGGCGAGCGUGGCGGACGAAGUGAGCGACACUACGGGGCGGGCGAUCACGGCGGUGACGCCGUAUGCGACGUCGACGGUGGACCUGAUCAGCUCGUCCGACCCCACGGCGCUCGCCAUCGCCGCGGGCGGGCUCUUCGGGCUGUACCUGCUGCUGCCGUCCAUCGGCCGCAGCAUCGCCUACUCCUUCCGUGGCUACGCUGGCGACCUGACGGCGGCGCAGGCGCUGGACGUGUUGGAGCGCGAGGAGAGCGUGCUGGUGGACGUGCGCACAGAGGACCAGAAGCUCUCCUCCGGUGUGCCCUCGCUGCCCCGGGGGCUCUCCCGCAAAAUCAUCUACGUCCCGGUGGAGGAGGUGCCAGUGGAGCUGCGCGACCAGCUGAAGAGCCCAGUGGACACGGAGGCGGAGCUCACAGCCAUCAAGGUGGCGGCGCUCAAGAGAAUCGCCCGCCGCGCCAAGCUCGUCGUCAUCGACAAUGACAACGAGAUUUCAAAGCAGGUGGCGCGGUCGCUGGCGUCGCUAGGCUACCGCAACGUGUGGGUGGUGCGGGACGGCGUGGAGGGCCGGGCGGGGUGGGCGGCGAGCCAGCUGGCCAUCGACUCGUACGACGGCCCACCCACCAGCUGGUUCUCGGUGCCGACAUACUCGCCAUCGAGCGCCGGCAAGCGCACCGGCACCCAGAAGCUUGGCACACAGCCCUUGGCCGCUGCUUCCACCACUGCUGCUGAUGAUGAGUGAAGCCGCUGCUGGAGGAGGCGCGGCAAUUUUGAGAUGGUCCGAUUGAAUUUAGUCUGUAUAUUAGGUCCGUUGUUGCUCCAACCGAGGAGCUCACAAUCAAUAAGCGCAUAGUUUUUGUUUUAUGAAAUAGGUUUUGAUGCUGAGCAUAUUCUUGGAAAGACCCUUGAAUUGAAAGUGAUAGUGAAUCUGAG